UCCACAGACUGACCAACUGAUCGCUCAACGUGUGGAGCCCAGAGCGUGCAUUGGAAUGCACUGGGGACCUAUUGUCACAGAACAGGAACAUGGCACUCUAUGCAGGGCUCAUCCUGAAAGGAGAAGACUUCAGCCCUUGUGAUGCCUGAGAAUCACGUGAGUGUGACGUGUCCCCGUGAUUCAUGGUGACCUUCUCCAUCGUCUCCACGCCCCCGCUGCACAAGCCUGCUCAGCCAUGGGUGAGAAUGAGGAUGAGAAGCAGGCCCAGGCGGGGCAGGUGUUUGAGAACUUUGUCCAGGCUUCGACGUGCAAAGGCACCCUCCAGGCCUUCAACAUCCUCACACGCCACCUGGACCUCGACCCCCUGGACCACAGGAACUUCUACUCCAAGCUCAAGUCCAAGGUGACCACCUGGAAGGCCAAAGCCCUGUGGUACAAACUGGACAAGCGUGGCUCCCACAAAGAGUACAAGCGAGGGAAGGCGUGUGUGAACACCAAGUGUCUCAUUGUUGGCGGAGGACCCUGUGGCUUGCGCACUGCCAUUGAACUCGCCUACCUGGGAGCCAAAGUUGUCGUGGUGGAGAAAAGGGACACCUUCUCCCGGAACAAUGUGCUGCACCUCUGGCCUUACACCAUCCAUGACCUGCGGGGCCUGGGAGCCAAGAAGUUCUACGGGAAGUUCUGCGCCGGCUCCAUCGACCACAUCAGUAUUCGUCAACUCCAGCUCAUCCUAUUCAAGGUGGCCCUGAUGUUGGGAGUUGAAAUCCAUGUGAAUGUGGAGUUUGUGAAGGUUCUCGAACCUCCUGAAGAUCAAGAAAAUCAAAAAAUUGGCUGGAGAGCAGAAUUCCUCCCCACAGACCACGCCCUGUCGGAGUUUGAGUUUGAUGUCAUCAUUGGGGCUGAUGGCCGCAGGAACACCCUGGAAGGGUUCAGGAGGAAGGAAUUCCGCGGGAAGCUGGCCAUCGCCAUCACCGCCAACUUCAUCAACAGGAACACCACAGCUGAGGCCAAGGUGGAAGAGAUUAGCGGAGUGGCCUUCAUCUUCAAUCAGAAGUUUUUUCAGGACCUGAAAGAAGAAACAGGGAUUGAUCUAGAGAACAUUGUUUACUACAAGGACUGCACCCACUAUUUCGUCAUGACUGCCAAGAAGCAGAGCCUGCUCGACAAAGGUGUCAUCCUCAAUGACUAUGUGGACACGGAGAUGCUGCUGUGUGCAGAGAAUGUGAACCAGGACAACCUGCUGUCCUAUGCCCGGGAAGCUGCAGACUUUGCCACCAACUACCAGCUGCCGUCCUUAGACUUCGCUAUGAACCACUACGGGCAGCCCGACGUGGCCAUGUUCGAUUUCACCUCCAUGUAUGCCUCGGAGAAUGCCGCCCUGGUGCGCGAGCGGCAGGGACACCCGCUGCUCGUGGCCCUCGUGGGCGACAGCCUGCUUGAGCCAUUUUGGCCCAUGGGCACAGGCUGUGCCCGUGGCUUCCUGGCAGCCUUUGACACAGCGUGGAUGGUGAAGAGCUGGGACCAGGGGAUUCCUCCCCUAGAAGUGCUGGCUGAAAGAGAAAGUCUCUACCGGCUGUUACCUCAGACAACUCCAGAGAACAUCAACAAGAACUUUGAGCAGUACACACUGGACCCCGGGACGCGGUACCCAAACCUCAACUCACAUUGUGUCCGGCCCCAUCAGGUGAAGCAUCUGUACAUCACCAAGGAGCUGGACUGCUACCCUCUUGAGAGACUCGGCUCAGUGAGGAGAUCUGUCAACCUCUCCAGGCGGGAGUCAGAUAUCCGGCCCAGCAAGCUCUUAACCUGGUGCCAACAGCAGACUGAGGGCUACCAGCAAGUCAGUGUCACUGACCUGACCACAUCCUGGCGCAGCGGCCUGGCCCUCUGUGCCAUCAUCCACCGCUUCCGUCCAGAGCUGAUCAACUUUGACUCUUUGAACGAUGAUGAUGCUUUAAAGAACAACCAGCUGGCAUUUGAUGUGGCUGAACGUGAGUUUGGGAUCCCUCCGGUGACCACUGGCAAAGAGAUGGCAUCAGCCCAGGAGCCCGACAAGCUCAGCAUGGUCAUGUACCUCUCCAAGUUCUACGAGCUCUUCCAGGGCGCCCCGCUGCGGCCUGUGGAUUCUUGGCGCAAAAGCUAUGGAGAAAAUGCCGACCUCAGCUUUGCCAAAUCCUCCAUUUCUAAUAACUAUCUCAACCUCACACUUCCCAGGAAAAGGACCCCUCGGGGAGACGCCCAGACAGAAGAGAAUGACAUGAACAAGCGCAGGCGGAAAGGCUUCAUCACCCUGGAUGAGGAUUGUGUGCGCAGGCCUUCAACCUUCUCCAGCCAUAGCUUGGGCUCCGCUCAAGAGUGUGGGAACGGUAAGGAAGCAGGAAAUCAGAACAAAGUCAAGUCCAUGGCGAAUCAGCUGCUGGCCAAGUUUGAGGAGAGCACGCGGAACCCCUCAGUCCUGAGGCAGGAGCGCCAUGUCUCGGGGAUAGGUAAGCCCGUCCCGUGCUCUUCCUCUGCCCCUCCUGUAGACUCGCGCUGCCCCAUGCCAGAGGAGCCCACUCCCAGCCUGCCACCUCCUCUGAAAAGGCAGCUCUCCUCUGUGCUUGUCAUGGGGCAGGUGCUCAGAGAGCUCAAGCAGGUGUCUCCCGGUGGCGAGUGUCCGAGCCGGCCCUGGAGAGCCAGGGCCAAGUCUGACCUGCAGCUGAGUGGCCCAGAAAACCAUGCCACCCUGCCUCCUGCCUGCCAGGGAGCACUGGCCCUCUCGGGGGUGCUGCGGCGACUUCAGCAAGUGGAGGAGAAGAUUCUCCAGAAGAGGGCUCAGAACUUGGCCAACAGGGAAUUUCACCAAAAGAACAUUAAAGAGAAAGCAGCUCACCUCGCCUCCAUGUUUGGACAUGGGGAUUUCCCACAGAACAAACUACCCUCUAAAGGCCUGUCUCAUACUCAUCCUCCGUCUUCUCCCUCUUGCCUUCCGUCUCCUGAUCCAGCUGCUACUUGCUCUGCAUCAACUGUUGACUCUGCUUCUCCUGCCAGAAAGCUGACAGUAGGGAAAGUGUCCAGCGGAAUAGGGGCUGCAGCUGAAGUCCUGGUCAAUCUUUACUUGAAUGAUCACAGACCUAAGGCCCAGGCCACUUCUCCAGACCUGGAAUCUGUGCGGAAGAUGUUUCCCCUGAAGCUGGGCGGCAGUGACACCUGCUACUUCUGCAAGAAGCGUGUGUACGUGAUGGAGCGGCUGAGCGCCGAGGGCCACUUCUUCCACCGAGAGUGCUUCCGCUGCAGCAUCUGUGCCACCACCUUGCGCCUGGCCACCUAUGCCUUUGACUGUGAGGAAGGCAAGUUUUACUGCAAGCCUCAUUUUAUUCACUGUAAAACCAACAGCAAACAGCGGAAGAGAUGGACAGAGUUGAAGCAAGAAAGACAGGAGGAGAGGACAUGGCAGGAGCAGGAAGCCCCGAGACGUGAUGCCACCACCGAAAGUUCUUGCGCAGUGGCAGCCAUCAGCACAGCGGAAGGCAGCCCCCCAGGUAUCUGCGCCUCCUUCUUUAGGAAGGCACUGAGCUGGCCCCUCAGGCUGUCAGGGGGCCUGCUGGCCAUUCCCUGGAGCCUGCUUAACUGGAUGCAGGGACUCCUGCAUGCCGCUGGCCUCCAUUUCAGGGACAAUGCUUACAACUACCGCUACACGUACGAGCUGCUGAGCCUUGGGCUGCCGCUCCUCUGGGCCUUCUUGGAGGUCCUGGCAAGCAUGUUCAGGGAGUCUGAGGACUCCCUUGAGAGCAUCCGCAACUGGGUGUUCAGGUGGCUUCCUGUCAAGCUCCAGUGAAGCACCUGGCUGCCCCAAAGUGCCUUACAUUUCCAGAGUUUAGAUGGCCCUGUGUAUAGAGCUUGCUAAGGCCCUGACGGGGAAGUCUAGCAUCUGUAGCCCCUUAGCUCCAAGCCAAAGAGUUUCACAUUGGCACCUCCACCUGGCUUUGACAGGACGAGCAUCUACACAUGGUGCUGGGGCCAGGGAUGACAUGAAGGAUUUUUUUUUUUACUAUAGCUUUUUACUGGUUUUUUUUUUUAUACCAAAGUGAGCCAUAUUUCUGGGUUUACAUUUCAAUUUUUAACUUUUAAUAAGCCAAGAGAAAGCAUUUUUUCUCUGUCAGUUUUUCUAAACAUGGGUUUGAUAUUUGACAAUCAGUUUUACAGGCCUCUGCAAUAUUGCAGUGAGUUGUAAAGUCACUAGCUACAAAAUUAAUGGCCUAGGAUUCUAUAUGCACAAAAAUGAAGGCACUAACUCUUGACCAGUGCCUUUCAAUUUGUUUAACUGAUGCCACUUGUCAACAUUGUUUGUGACUUAUUGUGCAUGUCUGUGUGUGAUAUGAAAGUGUGUUGAUUUUAGAAGAGAAAACAGGGAUGGAAUAGACCAAAACCUGCAAAAGCACAGCAGAGUAUAUUGAUUCUCUCCCCUCCCAGAGAGAGGAGGACUGUUUGCUCCCUUGUUUCAAUGUAAAAUGGAAGCUAAAGUCCUUUCUUACAUAAAGCCACAGCCAAAUGAUAGGGAGCCACAGGGUUUCAGCAGACUGCUGCAAACAUAUAUUUUUCCUUCCCUCUGAUGGGCACUACAUGAUGGGACGUGACCCUGGAGAGCUGUGUCAGGCUGAUGCAAUGCUGAGGACAAGCUCUCUCAGCAGGUGGCAUCUUAGCCCCUGGGGCUCCCUAUCAGGUCCCCGCCCAGGUUACAGGCUGAGCCAAGGACACCUGGGGAUCAUAAUGGUCAGACUGAGUGGGGUGGUAAAAGCUCCCCUUCCCUUGAUGCCCUGGGUAUCUAAGAGUGUUCGGGAAUGUGGGACUUGGGAAUAUGUCCUCCUUGGUGACCCCUGCCUGUGACUGCACAGCCAUGUGGCUGCCAUGUUUGGUCAGAACAGUAAGAAACUCUACUCUGCUCUGGCAAAAAGGGUGUGUGACCUCUAGGGGGCGCUCUGCUACAUCUUGAUGCCCAGGAAGGCUGGGAGUAGAAGUUUACUAACCCUUUCAAGGAAACGGUCCCUAUCAAGGGCAAAAAAUGAGCAUUGGGCCCACAUGCAUUCUUCACUGUGGGUGCCUAAAUGAGACAUCAGCGGUCUCCACUCUGCCUGGACAUGCAGGGUCUGGUUGAGCAACAAGGGGUUGACAGAGAAAGCCCUUGUAUGGUCCUCAGUGUGCCCAGGGUUGCUGGCCCCAAGCGAGCUCUGGGCAGCUCCUAUCUCUAGAGCCUUCCUAGAUUAACUAAGGAGGGAGCCUGGUGUGGGUGAGGAGUCAGAGCUCUUUGAGAGCUUUGAGACAACAGAGCUGUGUGGAAAGAAAGAAGCGGGUGUAUUUCUACAAACAUUUCCCUGAAAUCCUUGGGAUAAGCAGGGCCAUGUCUAUGGGAACUGUUAUUUCUAUCCUUGUUGCACACUGUGUCUUUCCC